AUGGCUCUAAGUGGAGGACUGGUGCUAGGAUUUUUCUUCCUGGCUGUCCUGAUGGGCCCUCAGGAAUCAUGGGCUGUCAAAGAGGAUCAUGUGAUUAUUCAGGCUGAGUUCUAUCAGUACCCUAGCCAGUCAGGCGAGUAUAUGUUUGACUUUGACGGUGAUGAGAUUUUCCAUGUGAAUAUGGAAAAGAAGGAGACAGUCUGGAGACUUGAAGAAUUUUCACAUUUUGCCAGCUUUGAGGCUCAAGGUGCAUUGGCCAAUAUUGCUGUGGACAAAGCCAACCUGGAAAUCAUGAGGAAGCGCUCCAACAACACACCAGUUGACAAUGAACCUCCAGAAGUGACGGUGCUUUUGAACCACCCUCUAGAAAUUGGACAGCCCAAUGUCCUCAUCUGUUUCAUUGACAAAUUCUCCCCACCAGUGCUCAAUGUCACAUGGCUUAAAAAUACAGUACCUGUCACCACAGGAGUUUCAGAAACAGUCUUCCUGCCCAGAGAAGACCACCUUUUCCGCAAGUUCUACUAUCUCCCCUUCCUGCCCUCAGGGGAUGAUGUCUAUGACUGCCAGGUGGAUCACUGGGGUCUUGAUAAGCCAAUCAUCAAACACUGGGAAUAUGAAUUGCCAACCCCCUACCCAGAGACAAAGGAGAAUAUGGUGUGCAUUCUGGGCCUGAUUGUGGGUCUGGUGGGCAUCAUUGCUGGUACCAUCUUGAUUAUCAAGGGCACGCGCAAAGGCAAUGCCGUUGAACGCCGUGGGCCUCUCUAA